AUGGCAGGCUUUUUUAGUUUUAGUUCACCUGUAGAUAUUGACAUACGAUUUAAUGGAGAAGAAAAUAGAAAGGUAGUAGAAGUGAAAGUGGAUAAAGAUCGUCGAGAUAAAUUUCCACUAUAUUUUGAUGGUGAAACUGUUUCCGAAUUAUUCUAUGAUCGUGGUAAUCAUUAUGAGUUUACUGCGUUAGUUCAAGAAUUAGCAAUACCGGGAGAGAUGAGAAAUCCACAAUUUUAUGAUUUUGAAUUUAAAAAUGUUGAAAAACAAUAUGAAAUUACUAUCUCUAGACGAUUAACAGAUAUUGUAAAUGAAAAAGAUAUAUGGGUAUAUUCAUAUCGAAUGCCACCAGAUAUUCGAAUAAAAAUUAAACACAUGGAAUUAUCCAUUAUUCGUAGAGAAACUACCGGUGCAGCUCCAAAUCAAUAUAAUGAAAGUGAGACGAUUACAAAAUUCGAAAUUAUGGAUGGUGCACCAGUUCGCGGAGAGACAAUUCCAAUUCGUCUAUUUCUGGGUGGAUUUGAAUUGACACCUACUUUUCGUGAUGUAAAUAAAAAAUUUUCUACACGUUAUUAUCUUAAUCUUGUACUUGUUGAUGAAGAAAACCGAAGAUAUUUUAAACAACAAGAAAUUACCAUUUACAGGAGAGAUGAUGGUCUUCCACCAGUGGAAGAUGCAUAA